UGUGAUGCGUAAUUUUCUUCUAAUUUUCUGCUAUCCCAAGGGUCAGGUGAUUCUAUGAUUAGCUCAAGAAAGUUUUGUCUUGUGAAACUUUAACUGCCACUCUGAAGUCCGGUUUAGUGAUCCCAUUUGAUCUUGAUCCCCUGUCGAAUAAAUGCAGCUUGUGUACAAAUAUUGCGGACAAAAUAUCACAGCAUUAUGGAAGGCCAAGAACAUAUUUUUAUGAAUCGUUUGCGUUUUUCCCUUAAUCUAUAUAAAAGCAUGUUGUCUCGUGCCUCAAAGACCGAUAAUCUGUUAGUAUCCCCUUUAUCUGCCGAAUUGGCUGCUGUUACGGCGUACACUGGAGCUCAAGGAAAAACACGAACUGAAAUCGCGGAAGUUCUAGGCUUGAUGGCGGAUUACACAGUCGAGCGCAUUUCUGACUGGUUAGCGCAAAUGAUCCGCGAUGAAACCAAAGAGCUCGCCUUCGACGAAAACCUAGAACAGUGGUGCCGAAACUUCGAACUAUCUUCUUGCGUUGGAAUGUUCGUCGAUGAAAGUGUUCGUGUGAUCGAACGUUACACCGAAAGCGCACAGAAUCUCGUCAACGCCGCUUGUUUGCCAGUGCCAUUUGCGAGCGACCCGGAUGGUGCUUGGGAAAACGUGAGAGCCUUCAUAACGACGCCAACCAAAGGAAAAAGGCCGAAAAUCCUUGAUUCCUCAAAAAUUACGCCGCCUACUAAUUUAGUGUUGGCGACAACUAUCAAUUUUCGAUCGAACUGGGCGGAGCCUUUCGAUGAAAACCAGACCGUUAAAAAAUGGUUCACCCUGGCUUCGGGUGCCAAGAUUCAGGUGGACACGAUGCACGGAACGUUUACUCGUUUAUUCCAAUAUCACAAAAGCUGGAGGUUGCAUGGCGCUAAAAUCCUUCAACUGCCGUAUUUGCGAUUAUGCUGCAAAGCCUAUAUCAUCCUCCCGAGCAAGAGAACUUGGUACUCUUGUCCACUGCGCAAAGACCGGCUGCGGCAUCUCGAAGACCUGUUGACACCCAAACGCCUGCUACAGGAACUGAGCAAAGUAGACUAUCCCCAUGUUGUAUAUGCGGAGAUACCGAAAUUCUGCCUGCAACACACCAUGGCGGUGGACAAAUGCCUCGCGGAAAUGGGCAUGACCACCGCGUUCUCCGCCGACGCGGACUUGUCCGGAAUAUGCACACGGUCCCCUCUGAACAUUUCCGCCGUCUCCCAGGCAGCAGUUUUCGGGUUCGACGAAAACGGCAGCGGCUGUGGCCCCGUAAAAGUGGAUCAGUACAUGUUCAUGUCCACGUACCCGCAAAGUCGAGUGAAGUUCAUAGCCAAUCGGCCGUUCUUGUUUAUUGUAUGCCAUAUAGAAACCAACACGAUUCUGCUGAUGGGACGCGUUUGUAACCCUCUAACCUGAACGGGCUUCUUUUGGACCAGCUGUAAAUUAUGCUCCAUGUUUGGUCAUAAUUAAACAGCUCGCCUACUUUCCCAUCCCCUCAUGUCCGAAUUCCGAUCGCCCCAACGCCUCCGUAAACAAGCUUUAUUUCUUUAAACUAACUUACUUUCUUUCAAGAAAGCAUUUUCCUGAUUACAUCACAUUGGUUUUCUUUGAAUUAUUAGGAUCUAUAACAACUAGGUAGUUGAGCCUUGAGGCAAAUUCAGGCAACCACUUAUCGCACCCGGACAAUUGGGAGUGUGACAUUUCGCCGCACUCAAACUCGACGCGCGACUUUUCGCCGCGAAGACAUUUCGUCGGCGGACAUUCGGACGCUGGGACACUUCGGUUUGGGACUUAAUGUUUUGAGACAUUUAACCUUUGCGACAUUUCGACGCAAGACAUCUGGCCGCGGACAAUUCGUCUUGGGACUUUUCGAACGAUGCGACUGAUCACCGCAAAAUAAUUAGCCGCUCUUAAUUUUCACUAGUUUUUUUCAGUUUUUUUAGGUUUGUUCUUAGUUUUCUUUGGUUUUCUAGUCCUUCUUAAGCU